AUGUCCUUCUUCCCACGAGGCCUCUACGAAGCUGACGCUUCCUCCUUCACCCCCCUCUUCCGCCUCCUCGACGACUUUGACAGCUACACCCGGCAGGCGUCCGGCCACGAUGUCGGUGGCCGGCGCAGAGGCACCAUCUGGCAGCCCAAGUUCGACGUCCGCGAGACGGAAGAGGCGUACGAGCUGCACGGCGAGCUGCCCGGCAUCAACAAGGAUGCCGUCCAGAUCGAAUUCACCGAGCCGCAGACAAUGUCCAUCCGCGGCCGGUCCGAGAGGACCUACACCGAGGGAGACCCCUCGGCCGGCCAGAUCGAGGACGUGACCGACAAGCCCGCCAUCACCCAGACCGGCGAGGGCUCGCACAAGGCCACCGCCCAAGACGAGGGCGCCGAAAACGCCGUCGACAAGUCGGAGGCCGGCCAGGGCAAGGGCCAGCCCUCCAAGUACAAGUACUGGCUCACCGAGCGCAGCGUGGGCGAGUUCUCGCGCGUCUUCAACUUCCCGACCCCCGUCCAGCACGACGCCGUCUCUGCCUCCUUCAAGGACGGCAUCCUCACCGUCACCGUGCCCAAGGCCAAGAAGCCCGAGGCUCGCCGCAUCACUAUCAACUAA